UUUAACUAGUGUCUUGAAGUUGUUCAAUUUUGGAGAAUCAAUAAUUAAUUGGGUUAAAGUUUUUUAUAACAAUAUCAAAUCAGCUGUUAACCAGGGAGGACAUCUAUCAGAAUUUUUUUCUAUAGAACGAGGCUGUAGACAAGGUGAUCCCUUGUCGCCUUAUAUUUUUAUUCUCUGUGCUGAGAUAUUAGCACUAAAAAUAAGAAAUAAUGAUAAAAUAAAUGGUAUUACAAUUACGCAAGUUGAGCACAAACUUUCACAAUUUGCUGAUGACACAUCUCUUAUUUUAGAUGGUAAAGAAGAAUCUUUGAAUGAAGCAUUAAAUGAAUUAGAUUGGUUUGGAAAUAUAUCUGGUUUAAACAUUAAUUUUUCUAAAACACAAGUUAUUUGGAUAGGAAAUAAAAAGUAUAGUAAUGAGGUAUUAUGCCAAAAUAGAAACCUUACAUGGGGAGAAACAUGUUUUAAGGUAUUAGGUAUAAGCUUUGAUGUUAAUCUUGAUAGAAUUGUAAAAAUUAAUUAUGAUGAAAAAAUUGUACAAAUUAAAUGUGUAAUAAGACAAUGGUCAAAACGAAAUCUUACUGUUAUUGGUAGAAUUACUGUAGUAAAGACAUUGCUAUUGCCUAUUUUAAAUCAUUUGUUUAUAUCCUUACCAAAUCCAAAUGAUGAUAUUUUAAAAAAUGUUAUUCAACUUAUGUACAAUUUUAUAUGGAGUUCACCAAUUGAUAGAAUUAAAAGAGAUGUUUUACAAAAUGAUAUUGAAGAUGGUGGACUCAAAAUGAUAAAUCUUAGUGCAUUUAUUUUAGCACUGAAGUGUACAUGGAUAAGGAGAUUAUUUAAAACAGACAACAAAUGGCAGAAUGUUUUUUUGUCAAACGUUCAUGUAGAACUUGAAAAAUUUUAUGGUUGUGGAAGUGUUUAUAUCCAAAAAUUACAACAACAUAUCAAAAAUAAAUUUUGGCAAGAUGUUCUGAAAGCAUGGCAACUUCUUAGAGAAAAAGAAGAAUAUGACAGUUGGGAAUGCUUUCUUGCUAGUCCAAUCUGGCUUAACAAUAAUAUAAAGGUAGCAAAUAAACCUAUUUUUUAUAAAGAUUGGUUUGAAAAUGGUAUAAGAUUUAUAAAUGAUAUUGUAAAUGAAGAUGGGACCUUUUUCUCUCAUAAAAAAAUAGAAGAAAUUGUUCCCACUAGUCAGUUAAAAUGGACUGAAAUUUUUGGCUUUGAUCAAAAUCAUUGGGAAAAAAUUUAUAAACUGCCAUUUGUUGUCACAAAUAAUACUAAGUUACAGUGGCUACAGUAUAGAUUCAAUCAUCGAAUCUUAGCUACAAACAAAUUUCUUCAUAAAAUUAAGAUUUAUGAUAAUCCAAAUUGUACUUUUUGUAAUAGAGAAAUUGAAACAUUAGAACAUUUAUUUUGGGAAUGUGAACAUACACAAUUAUUAUUAGAACAGAUUGAAAAUUGGUUUCUGACCAAUGGAAUUAGUGUACUUUUUACACAAGAAGUUUUUUUGUUUGGUAACUCUGCAAAAAUAUCAAAAGGCAAUGCAGAAAAUACUAUUUUUCUUACCAUAAAGCAAUAUAUUUAUAAUUCUAGAUGUUUUAAAAAAAAUCUUACAUUAAACUCAGUAAAAGAAAAGAUGAAAUAUGUGUAUGCAAUGGACAAAAAUAUUGCUAUGAAAAACAAAUGUGAACAUCAGUUUCUCAGAGAAUGGAAUGUUUUUGAUAUAAUACUUAGUUAAAUACAAAAAUGUAUAUACUUUACAUUCAAUAUUAUACAUGUUAUAAAUGAAAAUGCUGUAUUUACUAUACUAAAAUAGAAUUUAAUUUCUAGAUGAA